CGGUAGUGCGCUCACACGUUUAUUGUGGACGAGCUUCUGAAGAAGGCGGACAGCAUCUCAGCAGUGUUUAUAGCCACUGACCUCUACAAAGUAGUCAAAGAGCAUCAUGGGAGGAGCAGUGGUGGACGACGCACCUCCUGGGGUGAAGGCACCAGAUGGCGGCUGGGGGUGGGCAGUGUUGGCCGGGGGCUUCGUAAUUACUGGCUUCUCCUACGCCUUCCCCAAAGCUGUCAGCGUGUUCUUCAAGGAGCUGAUCCUAGAGUUCGAUGUGGGAUACAGCGACACUGCCUUGAUCUCAUCAAUACUGCUCGCCAUGCUGUACGGCUCAGGCCCUCUGUGCAGCGUGUUGGUGAACAGGUUUGGCUGUCGGCCGGUGAUGAUGGUCGGCGGACUCUUCGCCUCCCUGGGAAUGAUAUUGGCCUCCUUUGCCACAAGUAUCAUACACAUCUACCUUUGCACUGGAGUUAUUACAGGUCUGGGUCUGGCGUUGAACUUCCAGCCGUCUCUCAUCAUGCUGAAUCGCUACUUCAGCGAGAAGCGUCCUCUAGCCAAUGGCUUGGCGGCAGCAGGCAGCCCUGUGGCGCUGUGCUGCCUCUCCCCACUGGGACAGGUACUCCAGUACCACUAUGGCUGGAGGGGGGCGUUCCUCAUACUCGGGGGCCUACUUCUCAACUGCUGUGCCUGUGGGGCCCUCAUGAGGCCCCUGUUGCCCCCUAAAAAGGCAGAGAACCUGGAGGAAAGCAUUCCCACAGAGGAAAAGAAAAUCCAGCCGAAGAAGAAGCUGUUGGAUUUCAGCGUGUUCAAGGACAGAGGUUUCAUCAUCUACACCCUUGCAGCGUCCAUCAUGGUGCUGGGCCUGUUCGUGCCCCCCGUGUUUGUGGUCAGCUACGCCAAAAGCCUUGGUUAUGAAGACACAAAGUCUGCAUUGCUCCUCACCAUCCUGGGAUUUGUUGAUAUGUUCGCUCGACCUAUCUGUGGACUCAUAGCCGGCACGAAGUGGGUCCGACCCAGAACUGUGUACGUGUUGAGCUUCGCGAUGAUCUUCAACGGGUGCACCGAUCUCAUAGGAUCACAGGCAAAAGACUACGGUGGUCUGGUGUUCUUCUGCAUCUUCUUCGGCAUUUCGUACGGCAUGGUUGGAGCGCUGCAGUUCGAGGUCCUCAUGGCUGUCGUAGGAACGGAGAAGUUCUCCAGCGCCAUAGGCCUGGUGCUGCUGGUGGAAGCUAUCGCUGUUCUAGUGGGACCUCCUGGAGCAGGUCGCCUCCUGGACUACACCAAUGUCUACAUGUACGUCUUCCUGUUGGCGGGCUGUGAGGUCACACUGUCAGCUAUGGUCUUAGCCCUGGGCAACUUUUUCUGCAUUAAGAUAAAACACGGAGAGACAGAAGCUAAAUUGGAGAUGGCUGUGAAUGCUGCAGAGAAGGAGGGGCUGAAUCGCGGGGUGGAAGAGGAGAAAGACCAUGAUGGCGAAGAGGAGCCAAAGGGAAAAGACAAUGGAGAAGUCUGCGCUUUAAAAGCAGGGGAGGAGGAGAUAACGGUGAUGGAGACGGGGGAGAAAGAGGAAGAGAACAAAUCGAUAUGAAGGAUAAUACUGAGGAAUGAGAAACUGUUCACCAACAGGAAGUCAAAUGUUCUAAGGAGGAUCUGUUCACAAACGCUGAGCUAGGAGCCACACAAAGGGAAAGGGUCUAAGUAUUGUAAGGGGAGAAAAUAUUGCCCUUUAAAUAACAAUCUAUUCUGAUAAUGACUGUUUAUCAUCAACACGUGUUUUUGCCCUAUUCGGCUCUAAUGCAACAUAUGGAUGUGAUUCAAAACGUGUAUUACUGUUAAUGAGUUAAAUGGAGAGUCUGAAACACAAUUCCUUUGGGCAUUAAAGGUCUCACUCACUCAACACCUUUUUUGAGUAGGCUCGGCUCAGACACAGAUUACAUUUAAGGACAAGGACAUUAAGUUUUAUGUACUUUUCUCAGCAGUUUUUUGCAGUUGUUUUACAGACAGAUGCUGUUUUCUUCAGAAUUCAAACUGUUCCACCUUUCAUUUCCCUAAGGAUUCCAAAAAGGUUGACUAAAAAUGCCAGUCAACGUCCACUUACUAGCUCUUUUGUCAAGCUUUCAACAACUUCUCAUAGCUUUGUACAACAGAUGGGGUUUGCUCAGCUGCCAUCAUAUGACCUACUGUAAGCUUUGUGUCUUUUGGGUACACCAGCAGAGAUAUUAGGGUGGGAGCGGUUUGUGUGCUGCGAAACACAAACUGCAAUGGUCUCGGUUUUUGAUUGCAGACCACUUCUUUAACUUUCUACUGCAGUGGUGCCAGAUCUCGGUCCCAAAAAUGUGUUGAAUCUCAUAAGAGCUGAGCGCCGGAGCGGCGUCAGUCAGAGGCUGAGCUGUAGCAGUUUACGGUGAGAGCUUUAAGUGGUUGCAAAAGCUGUGGUUCCAAGAUCACAAAGUGGCUACAACGCAAACACACACACAUACACUGAACAAAAAUAUAAAUGCAACACUUUUGUUUUUGCUCCCAUUUUUCAU